UUAGGUUGAAGUUCGUAGGUUAAAGGCUAAACACGCUGCAACGCAUGUGUUAUGUUUUCUUCAUCUAAUUUGUAUUGCAUUGAAACCAAGUGAAGUAACAUGGGGAAGAAUAAAAAGAACAAAACUAACGAGACAGAAAAAACAGCUGGCAAGGCCGGACAACAUUCAAGUGAUAAGAAGCUCAAACGAGAUGGGAAACCAAAGAAAGCCAAACCAGACCACCUGAAACACAUCCCCUUUAGACUGCGAGAGAUCAUGAAGAGCAAAGAGAGGAUGAAAACGGGUCCCCCAAAGACCAAAAAGCUUAAGGAGGCCAUAUCCCCUAAAGGUAAACCAGAGGAUCUCCAGAGUGGAGACAUACCUGUCCCGCAUUUCAAAAGAGGAAAAAAUGAAAGUGAGAAAGCAUACGUGCGGCGCAUGGAGAAUGAGACAAAACACGUCCUCUUCCUCACCAAGAACCAAAUAGACAGAAAUCCUGAGCUGGAAGCAGACAACAAAAACAAGUCUGAGAAAAAAAAAGAGUCUGAUAAAAUCCGAUUAAUGAGGCUACAGCAGAAAAAGCUGGACAGACAGGAGGCCCAGAUGGAAAAAGAGAUGUUUGUAGAUAAUGUUCCCUUUGGUGAAGUUACAAUGGCUCCGCCGUCUUUGAGUGCCAAACCAAAAAAAGCUCCGGUCAAACCUCAGAAGGCGUCAAAGGAGCUGCUUCUCAACUCUCUCCUUGGCCACACGGCGGUCUCCACAACCAAGCCAUCCAUGGCCAGACAGAGAAUGAUGGAGGAGGAGAGGGAACGCGCAGUGGAGGCGUACCGUCUUCUGAAGAAACAGAAACAGCGGCAGCAGGAGGCCAGGACAGCCAAUCUGGAAAAACUCAAGAACCUUAAGUAAUGUUUCAUGUCAAAGAAAUAUAAAUCCUGGACUUCAGUCAGCUGGGAAGCUCAGAAAUCGAAACAGACUGUAAGAUAAUAACCAUCCGCAGACUGUUUGUGUUGUGUUACACUGAAACUGAUAUAGCAGUGGAGAAGUUCACCACAGUGUAGCGAACUGUCAGGGACAAAAAGCAAACAUUUGCAUCCGCUGAUCAACAUUCACCUGCCACAUAUUUUGAGAAGCAGAACAGGACAUUUAAAUUAUUAGUGUUUGAAUGACUUUGAAAAAAGACAAACUAAGUAAACUGAGGCAGGUGGCUUUCUUUGAUUUCUCUCUCUUGUACAGUCAGAUAAUCACUGGCAGGUGUUCACACUGGUUACUGUUUGCAUCUUUAGGUGAUCACUAUGAUGUAUUUUGAGAAAUUAAUAUAAUCAUUGAGGCUAUUUCGAGGCAAAGUUAGAAUCCUGUAACCGUUUGCUAGAGUCCCACUAGAUGGCAGUCCUGUAGAAAGCCAGUGAAAGAACAUGCAGGCCGGAUUGUUGUGGCCUUUUAUAUUAAAAAUGUAUUUUUUAAGCCUUAUUUUGUAUGUAAAUUUCAAUUUAUUGUGGAAUAUUUUCACACCUUGUUUCCAUUUGUACCUCCCCGAGAGCCUGAAUAAAUAAAUCGCAUCAGC